AUGAUGAAUAAUUUUGAAGUUCCAUCUGAUUUAUUCGAAACGAAAGAAUCAUAUAAGACUUCUAAAACUGAUACUAUACUUUAUAUUGAUAAUAACAAAGAAAAUGAUCUUAUUCAAUUUAUUAGUAAAGUACAACAACAAGGUUUUAAUUGUCUUGAUCUUUCAAAAAGAAAAAUCAAAGAAUUUCCUUCUCAACUUCUUGACUUUACAUCAUUGCAAUAUUUAUAUUUAGAAGGUAAUCAAUUAACUCAAUUACCCAAUGAUCUUUUUACUCGAUUACCAAAUUUAAAAUGGCUUGAUUUACGUAAUAAUCGAUUGAUUUCAAUACCGAGUCAUGAUCUCGCUAAACAUAAUUCUCUUCAAUAUUUAUUAUUAAGUGGAAAUCAUCUUCGAACAUUACCUUAUGAACUUGGUAAAGUUAAAACAUUAUCAGCAUUAAAUCUUGAUGGUAAUCCAUUAGUUCAUCCACCAUUUGAAAUAAUUAAACAAGGUAUUAAAGCUAUACAACAAUAUUUACGUAAUAACCUUGAUUCAAACGAUAGAUCAUCAUCACCUGAUGAUGAUGAUAAUAAUGACGAAGAUGAUGAUAAUCGACAACGAAUAAAACAAGUUCCUUCUGAUCGUUCAUCUUUACUUCAUCGAAAUACUAAAUCUGAAACAAGCUACUAUGAAACAACAUCUAUAAAUCUUUUACCUGCUCAUCUUCAAUCAUGUUUACAAUUUAAACGAAUGACUUAUUCACCGAUACGUCCUUCACCACCAAUUAGAUCACGGCCACAAUCUGAGAUGAGAUUAUCUCAUAUGAACACAAGGACAAUGAAUAAAACUAAUAAUUCAGAAAGAGAUAUUUAUACAGCUCAAGAACGACCAUUUACACAAUCAAGACAUCGCAAUAUAACAGUUGAUGAUGAAAUACAACAAUUAUAUACAAAAAGUUGUAUUCAAAGCAAAGAAUUUGAAGAACCGAUUGUACAUACACCAUUUCAUAUUGAUGCUAAUUUUGUACCAAUUGUCAAUAAAAAUCAACAAGGUAUAAUAAGAUAUGAAAGUCGACGAAAUCAUUCAUCUAAAUAUUCUAUCAAUGAAGAUGAAGAAAACUUCAGACGUGUACGUGAGCAACAAAUUCAAGAUCGUAUUCGUCAAAUAACCGAUACAAUGUUCAAACGUCGUCUCGAAGCUCGACAAAGUCUAUUUGAAGAAAAACGUCAAGUUAAACUUGAAUUACGUGAAUUACGUAGACUAGAAUCAGCAGGAACCCAACAUCGACCAACUAGUCAAAUGAAUAAUCGUUUAAAAACAUUUUAUGAUAAUGUUAAGUUGCAAAAAAAAAUGUAA